GAAUAGCUGACAAGGACUAGAAGAAUGAAUGAAUGAAUGUUAAGUUUAGUAGCUGGACCAGAAUAGAGUAGAGCAACGGGCAACCUUCUCCCAGCUGUCAAGAAACUUCUUCUUCUUCUUCUCUCCUAUUGUUUCAAUGAAAAUCCAAGUGUUUUAUCUUCUAAAAUUUUCAGGGUACACUUGAAACCAGGGCCCACUUUCUUAAUGGCAAGGAUCUCCAUCUCCCCAAAACCAUACAUUUUUUUUCAACAUAUCUGGUCCCUUCAUCUGCAAAUGGGAGGUGUAGUUUCCACAGAUUCCAGUUUUGAUUCCCACCCAGUUUUCGACAUGUCUCCUGCCAUGUCUUUGACCCAGAUUACAAACCCUAAAGGCUUCCUUUAGUUUUCUCCAAAAGUCUUUGUAAUAAGGUAGACUCGAAACAAACCCUCUUUGCAUGCUGGAAAAGAAAUAUGGACGGAUUCAAAGCCUCUUGCCUCAGUUAUUGUCUUCCAAGGUUCCUUCCUUACUCUCAAUAUAACUAAUUUUAGGUUGUUGGUGAGAUUUUGAGUUGUAGGGUUUGUGGAAAAUGUUGGUCCUAAGUAUGAAUUCCAAGAGGCAAAGAAGACCAAAUGUCAGGUUAGGAGAAAUAGGAGAUGUCUCAGCAGCUUUCUCAUGCGGCAUUUCUGGAAAAAGUAGUGCAGAUAUAGCGGAAAAUAUGUGGGAAAAUGAUUUUCUAAUCCAGGAAGAAUCCGAAUACAAUCCCAUUUGUGGGUUCUCUCAGCAAGGGUUAUCCCAAUUGGUAGUUUCUGAUCCCGGUGUCAAUCCAGAGAUUCCGGUUGAUAUGCAACAGAACAGGGAGAAAAAUAAUCCAGACUCUUUGACACCAUUUCUUGAAUUUGGUAGUGUGGAUGAAGUUGGUGCUAGCAAGUCUAAGCUGAACUUGGGCACCAUAACCCGGAAGUGUAGGCUGAUGAAGCGACAAAGGCGGAGCAGGAACAGCAGCUUUGGUGCUCUGGGUGGUUCUUGGAAUUUGAAGACUAGUCCUGAAAUCAGCAAUGGAGAUGGCAAGGAGAAUGAAGAGGAGAAGGUUGAUGGGUUCACAUCAAACGGUUGCUUGGAUAUUCACCACCUUGAUGGUUUUAAGGACUCUUCUUGUUAUGAAACUUCUGGCACAGUCAAGGAAGAUUGUGAAAAUGAUGCCGAUGAAGCCACUUUCCAUUUUCAGGGGCAGGGGAAUCCACCUAGUUUUUGGAAGGUGGCUUCUUAUUCUGCAGGCAAUGAUGCCUUUCAUCAAUCUUUUGGUGGGUGUGACGUAGAAAAGACUGGUACUUGUAAUCUUAAUAACGUUAGGAAAUGGUUAGAAGAGCUUGGAUUUGGGAAGUAUGCUGGCAUAUUUGAAAUGCAUGAAGUGGAUGAAGAGGCUCUGCCUUUACUUACACUUGAAGAUCUCAAAGAGAUGGGCGUUCUUGCUGUUGGGCCUCGGCGGAAAUUGUACUCUGCAAUUCAACAGCUAAAGGAAGGUGGAGAAAGGCUUAUGGCUUGACAGAUUGUUCAAUCAAAGAAAUAGGUAAUACUGCCCUUACCACCAGUCUUUCAUGAAGCAAGAAGUUGGGCGUGUAUCUGUAGCUUUUGAAACUUUUGGGAGACAAUUUUUGUGUUGGCUCCUACCUUUAUGUUCCUGCAUUCUUAUAGGGUAAAAUUCUGUAAAUUGCUUGCAUAGUGGAAUUCUAUACAAAUAGGGUGAUGAAAUGCUGUUGAUUGAGAAGGACGAACUUUUGUUUAUCACUUGGCAAAGAUAACAGUUUUCUGAAUAGUUUAAAUAUACAUCUAAAAAAACACAUCUUUUCUGCAUCUAUCAUUAUAUUAAUCAUCAAAUAAUUG